AUGGAUAAGAACGUUUUUGGAGACAUAGAUAAUCUUCCUGAGGAAGAUAAGAGAAGAAUGUCAAUCAUGGUAGAACAGCUUCAAAUGCGAGAUAAUCUUAGGUUGUAUAAUGCAUUAGUCGAGAGAUGUUUCAAGAAUUGCGUCAAUACAUUCUACCGGAGUUCAUUGAACAAGCCAGAGGAAACAUGUGUCGUCAGAUGUGCUGAAAAAUACUUGAGGCUUUCAACGCAAGUCGGCAUUAAAUAUUCAGAUAUCUAUCAAGGUGCAUCUACAACAGACAAACAAUAG